CGAGGGCGGCCACGGGCGUGGCGGUGAGGGCGCCGCGGCGCGGGUGAGGAGGAUGCGGCAGGAGGCGGCGCGGCGGGAGGAGGAGUAGGCGGAGGUGCCCUCGGGAGGCAGCGGCGCGCGGGCCAGGCGGCUCCCGAGGCUCCGCAGUGCCGCCGUCGCCCGGGAGGCUCGGUGCGGGAGCCAUGUAACCCUGCGGUGGGCUCCGGGCUGCUCCGUCCUUCCCCAGCUCCCGGACUAGCGCGGCAGCGGGGCCACGAUGAAGAAGCAGUUCAACCGCAUGCGCCAGCUGGCCAACCAGACGGUGGGCAGGGCAGAAAAGACUGAAGUUCUUAGUGAAGACCUUCUCCAGGUGGAGAAGCGCCUGGAGCUGGUGAAACAGGUUUCCCACAGCACACACAAGAAGCUCACUGCGUGUCUGCAGGGCCAGCAAGGAGCAGAGGCGGACAAGCGCUCAAAAAAGCUGCCUUUGACAACACUGGCUCAGUGCUUGAUGGAGGGGUCAGCAAUCCUGGGAGAUGACACACUUCUUGGGAAGAUGCUAAAACUCUGUGGAGAGACGGAGGACAAGCUGGCCCAGGAGCUGAUACACUUUGAGCUGCAAGUAGAGAGGGACGUGAUUGAACCCCUGUUUCUGCUGGCUGAGGUGGAAAUCCCAAAUAUUCAAAAGCAGAGGAAACAUUUAGCAAAGCUGGUGCUGGACAUGGAUUCUUCACGGACCAGGUGGCAGCAGACUUCCAAGUCUUCGGGGCUGUCCAGCAGCCUUCAGCCUGCGGGUGCCAAAGCUGAUGCCCUCAGGGAAGAGAUGGAAGAGGCUGCCAACAGAGUGGAGAUAUGCCGGGACCAGCUCUCUGCUGACAUGUACAGUUUUGUGGCCAAAGAAAUUGACUAUGCAAACUACUUUCAAACGCUAAUAGAAGUGCAAGCUGAGUACCACAGGAAGUCGCUGACCCUGUUGCAGGCUGUGCUGCCUCAAAUCAAAGCGCAGCAAGAGGCCUGGGUGGAGAAGCCUUCCUUCGGGAAGCCCCUGGAGGAGCACCUCAUGAUCAGUGGUCGUGAGAUCGCCUUCCCGAUUGAAGCGUGUGUGACGAUGCUGCUGGACUGUGGGAUGCAGGAGGAGGGCCUCUUCCGUGUAGCUCCCUCAGCCUCCAAACUCAAGAAGCUGAAGGCUGCACUGGACUGCUGUGUGGUGGACGUGCAGGAGUACUCAGCAGAUCCCCAUGCUAUUGCAGGGGCUUUGAAGUCUUACCUCCGAGAGUUGCCAGAACCUCUCAUGACCUUUGAACUCUAUGAUGAAUGGAUCCAGGCUUCCAAUAUUCAGGAACAAGACAAGAGACUUCAGGCUCUGUGGAAUGCUUGUGAGAAGCUGCCUAAGGCCAACCAUAACAACAUCCGAUACUUGAUCAAAUUUUUAUCCAAGCUGUCUGAAUAUCAAGAUAUAAACAAGAUGACUCCUAGCAACAUGGCAAUUGUCCUGGGACCCAACCUCCUGUGGCCACAAGCGGAGGGGAAUAUGACCGAAAUGAUGACCACAGUUUCGCUGCAGAUUGUCGGCAUCAUCGAACCCAUCAUCCAGCAUGCAGACUGGUUCUUCCCUGGGGAGAUAGAGUUCAACAUCACAGGCAGUUAUGGGAGUCCGGUCCACGUGAACCACAAUGCCAACUACAGCUCAAUGCCUUCCCCAGACAUGGACCCCGCUGACCGGCGCCAGCCAGAGCAGGCCCGCCGGCCCCUCAGUGUCGCCACAGAUAAUAUGAUGCUGGAGUUUUACAAAAAGGAUGGCCUUAGGAAAAUCCAAAGCAUGGGUGUGAGGGUCAUGGACACAUCUUGGGUGGCUCGAAGAGGCUCCUCUGCUGGUCGGAAAGCAUCCUGCACCCCGCCUUCCAUGCAGCCUCCCGCCCCACCCUCCGAGCUGGCUACACCCCUGCCAUCACCCCUGCCGGAGCAGAUACCAGACAGCCCUGCCACUCCGGCUCCUGCGCUCUCUCCAUCAGGUGCCAGCCUGCAGCCCACCCCUGAGCGCCCCAGUGUGGCCAAAAGCAAAGAAUUGUCGCCAGGAUCUGGGCAGAAAGGAAGUCCAGGCUCUAGCCAGGGGACAGCCUGCCCAGGGACACAACUGGGGCCACAGCCGGCUGCCAGCCCCAGCCAGCUUCCUGCAGACCAGAGUCCUCACACUCUCCGGAAAGUUUCUAAGAAGCUGGCUCCAAUUCCUCCCAAAGUCCCCUUUGGGCAGUCAGGGGCUAUGACUGACCAGUCCACCGGCCAGCCCUCCCCAGUCAGCCUGUCUCCUACUCCACCAAGCACCCCAUCACCCUAUGGACUGAGCUACCCUCCCGGGUACACCUUGGCCUCAGGCCAGCUUUCUCCUGCCUCUGCUCCUCCAUUGGCUUCCCCCUCCAUCUUCACAAGCACUUUAGCCAAAUCUCGGCCUACCCCUAAGCCCCGACAGAGGCCCACCCUACCGCCUCCUCAGCCUCCCAGCGUCAGCCUGUCAGCCUCAAGUCCACAGUCCACGGAGCACCCCAUGCUGGACGGCAUGUCCCCGGGGGAAAGCAUGUCUACAGAUCUUGUCCACUUUGAUGUCCCCUCCAUCCACAUAGAGCUGGGGUCCACGCUCCGUCUGAGCCCCCUGGAGCACGCGCGGCGGCACUCGGUGACUGACAAGAGGGACUCAGAAGAGGAGUCUGAGAGCACGGCCCUCUGAUGUGGCCACCCUGACACGUGUACAUACGUCCUUGGGCCCCUAGAUGCGCCACCCAGAGCAGCAUCCCCUAGCUGGCCAAGGAUUCUCUGCUGUCACAUCCAACACGGGUGGAGUUGGGCAGAGGAGAGCACUCGCCCCGUCCAUGUGGCCAAGUGUUGGUGGUGCAGAUUUCAUUUGUUCCUUUUGGGUGGCGACUUCAGCCUUUUGUUUGACCUUUGCCUUUUGACUUUGUGCCUAUUUUGAUCCAUCUUUAGCCUCCAUGCCAAGCAGCACCCACCUCUCCACUCAAGGGCUUCUCAGCACGGCCUUUGCAAGGUAGAGGGUGCAAGAGAGGGUCCAGUUACCUGGUUACACCUGAGGGCUGGGCCUUGACCCAGAUACAUGAUAUCAGUGGUAUCAGGUCCUGCAGCAUCAGAGUAAAGGCCAGACGGGAAGCAGGACAGGAAAGGACCCUCUCAGUAGGGCUAGAAUUGCAAAAGUCCUGGACACUGGCUGCUGCCUGCUGCCAGGGGAUGGCCAGCUAGAGAAACCUAGGCCACCCAUAAUCACAGCUCCAAAGUAAACAGCUCAAUACACCCAUUUCUGACAGCCUGACUUUUCCCCACAUGACUAAAGACUCCCUUCACUCCAUAAUGCUUGACAUUUCUGAACUGAAAAGAGGAUUUGGGCAUAACUAGAGGGCCCUGCAUAGCUCUCCAUGUCCCCCAAACACAUUAGGUAUCAGAGCAAUUUUUCCAUCCAGGAACCCAACUUAGUAGGUAGGUGGGCCUGGAGCCACUACUCUCUGAAGGUUACAGCUGACUAGCAAUAAUUCUGUUCCCCAAAGCAGGUAGGAGUGGCAAUGGCUGCCUCACCCACAGUGUGGCCUGCCUUGCUCACCAGCAGCCCUGGCUCACCCUUCUCACCAAGUCCCAUGCAGUCCUGGGGAGGGCUGGGGAGGGGCUCGGAGAGCCAGUUCACACUUUGGGAUUAAGGGGAUGAAACAGAUCUGGGCUGUGCAUGCAAAGUUUAAAGUUUGAUCCUUUUAAAAUAGAUAUACCUAUACAUGAUAUAAUAUUUGUAUAUAUGAAAUCUAUAUUUGUUUAAUUUUGAGCCAUUCAAUCUAAACCUAUGUACAGGUGUACAAUGACAAACUCUAAAAGCUUAGUUAUUUUUCCCAACUGUGUAAAGCCACCCUUCUCCAAGAGUGGGAUCUGCAGACUUUUGAUGUUACAGCUUUGCUCACUUCCUGGCAAGGGCAGUCCAAUCCCCAAUUUGUAACGGAGCCUGGGGGUUGAAGGUUAUCUUUAAAUACAUGUACAAAUCGUUGUCAAAAGUAAUGUUAUUAAAAUAGAUUUAUUAUCCCUGA